CGAUGUUAAGUGGGUGUUGUUACCUAACCUGCAGGAUUUAGCCCUGUCAAAAUCUGCCACAGAUGAAGAGCCGUUAAAGUUCCCUAUUUAUUAGUUAUGGCACACAGAAUGUACGUCGCUAGAGCUACUUUCUUAGUCUCUUCCUUUUUCUUCAUCUAGCGGAAGGUUCACCCUACAAUUAUGGAGAUUUAAAAACGAAAUCGUGAGUUUUGGGGGGAAAGGUGGCCUUUCCCCUCAAGUUGGAUGGUUGGGCUGCUGGAAGAGAAGGUCAGGGUUUUUAAAAUUGUUGCCUUUUGUAAAUGAUUGAAUAGAAAGAUAUUUUUGCAAACCUUGAGAUGCACUAUUUUGUAUGACAAGCCUGUUAAGUUUUUGUAUUGUUUGAAUUCAUGAUGCCAUUAUAUGCUGCGAGCAGCUUAGUCUGUGUUCAGAGCUUGGUCGAAAUGGUGGAUUGAAGCGAGUCACGAAAAGGCUCUGGGGUCGCUAGGGUGCAGUGGAACCUCAACACAAGCACAAUUCUAGCACUCCAUCCCACCUCUACCUUUUUUUCUUGGUACUUUCUUUGGAGAGUUUUUUUGUGUGUUAUUAUUUUGUUACAACACAUCCACACGUUUUUGAGAUUGUUUACAAUUGUGGGUGUCAGAGAGACUCUGUGACGGAAGUACAGGAAACUCCAGUGAAGAUUGUGAAGCGGUCAGGAUGAGCCUGGCAUCUCCAGACUGCACCCCAAAAUGCCGGUCCCAGCAGCACGCAGACCAGGUGGUUGCGGCGCUAACUAGUGGAUCUGAAGGGAAGCUCCGUGCUUUCCUGACUUCUCACUGCCACAAUGCAACCAGUUUGCGUGAUGCCCAUGGUCGCACAGCCCUUCACCUGGCGGCUUCGCUGGGAAAGAAGGCUCUGCUGGAGUGGCUGCUGGAAAGUAAAGGGGCUGAUCUGAUGUUGAAGGAUAAAGAAUCUGGCUGGAAUGCCCUGCACCGCAGUGCCUUCUAUGGACAGAUCCACUGUCUCAUAUCAUUAGUUAAGCAUGGUGGGCUUUUGUCCACCCAGGACAAGGAAGGACUGUCUGUCCUGGACCUGACCAUGAAAGACAGACCGGCACAUGUUGUCUUCAAAAACACUGACCCAACAGAAGUUUACAUGUGGGGAAGCAAUACUAAUUUUAGUCUGGGCCAUGGCAACCAGGAGAGCAGGCAGCACCCUGAACUUGUGGAUGUAUUCGCCAGGACUGGAGUUUACAUCAAGCAGGUGGUGCUGUGUAAGUUCCACUCCGUGUUCCUGUCCCAGAAAGGUCAGGUGUUUACCUGUGGACAUGGACAAGGAGGAAGACUUGGUCACGGAGAUGAACAGACCUAUCUGGUUCCUCGGAUGGUGGAGGGUCUGAUGUCCCACCACUGCUCCCAGGUGGCAGCAGCUAAAGACCACACAGUGGUGCUGACCGAGGAAGGCUACGUUUAUACGUUUGGUCUCAACACCUUCCACCAGCUGGGCCUGACUCCUCCUCCUGCCUCAGCAAAUGCUCCCAAACAGGUGUUCUCCAAAAUGCUGAAAGGUAGAGCAGUGAUUGGAGUAGCUGCAGGGAGGUUCCACACAGUGCUGUGGACCAGAGAGGCGGUGUAUACAGUGGGACUGAAUGGAGGGCAGCUGGGUUAUCUGCUCGACCCAAAUGGGGAGAAAUGUGUGACAACGCCUCGCCAGGUGUCGGCUCUGCACCACAAGGAUGUUGGCAUCGCCAUGGCAGCAGCUAGUGAUGGAGCCACAGUGGUUGUGACUGAAAAAGGGGAUGUUUAUCUGCUGACUGAUUACCAGUGCAAGAAAAUGGCUUCAAGACAGUUGAACAUCAAAAAGGUCCUGGUCAGUGGUGGCAGUUUGGAUCAUCGGGUGCUUCCCCAGAUCCUGAAUGACUGCGGUGGGGAAAAGAUAGCCAUCUUAGCGCUGGAUGAAGCAGGAAGGGUGUUCUGCUGGCGUUCCUCUGGCAGCUCGGUGAGGCAGUGCAGGUGGGCGUAUCCGCGUCAGGUUUUUAUGUCAGACAUCGCUCUCAGCAAAAACGGCUUGAUGUUUGUGACUCCUGAUGGGGAAGGCUUCAGCGGUGUUUGGGCCGGGGAGUAUAAGAAGUACGGAGAGAAAAAAGAGAUGAGCGUGGAGGUUUGCGGUCCUUCGGAUGCCGGCACCAUGUACGAGAGAAUCCGCCUAGAGAAGCUCCCUUUUGUCCACAGAGCGGUCAGCAUCACUAUGGACUCCAAAGGGCUGAACUUUGGCGUGCUUCAAGCUGACCCCAAAACCAGCCUGUAUGAGGUCCCCAGCAUCUCUCCGUCCUCCGUCACCCAUCACUUCCGGAGGCUUCUGGAAGAGGCGGAUGAAACGGACAGUAUCCACGAUGUGACGCUUCAGGCCGGCGAGCGCAACUUCCCCGCUCACAAAUACAUCCUGUCCAUGAGGUCUGAGUUCUUCCGAAAGCAGCUCAUGCCCGAGCGCUGCGGGGUUAACGAGGAGCUGGAUAAGGAAGUGAGGAGGAGCGAAGAUGCUGUCGGAUGCGACUUGCUCAUUUUUGAGAAGAUCCCAGCGGACAUGCUGGAAUAUGCUCUGCACUUCAUCUACACGGACUCUUGUGAGCUUCUUGUGCACGGGACUCGGCCUAGAGGCUCAGGGUUGUCAGCAGACCAAAACCAGGACUCAGAACACGAGCGGCUUAUCAGCAGUCUGCAGGACCUGGGUCUGAGAGGUUGCUCAGCGCUCGAGGUGUACAAUUCGCUUUCUCCCUCAGCCAAAGCUAACAACGACAAGGCAAAGAACAAGGGCUCCAAGUCGAGCAAAAAGGGGAAGGGAGGCAAAGGUGACAAGGCCAGAGUCAAUGAAGGAGGGGCCAAUCCUGUGAAAACCUUACAGGCUGUUGCCAAGAAGCUCGGCCUGGGCAGCUUGUCGGCACGACUGGAUGGUGUGAAGUAUGAAAAUGGAAAGAUCAACGUGGUGCAGAAGAAGACUGGAAGUAAACCCAAAUUCUUCCAGAAAAAAUGCUCCUAUCUCUGUGACGUCACUCUGAAAUCUGAUGAUGGCAAAGAGUUUCCAUGUCACAAAAGUGUCCUCUGUGCAAGAUUAGAAUAUUUCAACAGUAUGCUUGGAAACCCCUGGAUUGAGGCCACGUCUUGCUCUGCACUGGAGCUGCCCACCAGCUCCGAGAUCCUCCAGGUUAUUCUGGAGUAUAUUUAUACAGAUGAGUCUCCCACCAUUAAAGAAUCUCCUAAUGUAGAGUUUGUCUGCAACGUGCUGGUUGUAGCCGACCAGCUGCUCAUCACACGGCUGAAGGAGAUGUGCGAGGUCGUCAUCACUGAGAACUUGACCCUGAAGAACGCAGCAGAACUGCUGGAAUUCGCUGCCAUGUACAACGCCGAGCAGCUGAAACUGUCCUGCCUGCAGUUCAUCGUCCUCAACAUGGCUGCCUUGUUGGAGUCAAAGGCUCUGGAUAUUCUUAGUGAUGAAGUCCUGGUGGAGCUCUCUGCAGCCUACAGGAGGACGAUCCCAGCAAUGCAGAAGCGGAUUAUCACCCCCUAUCCUGGUGCUCCAGACCUCAGUGCAUACGAGGAGGAGGAUCUAGACUCUGCGUUCAGCGCCAAACCAGACGGAGAACUGGAUCAGUCUUGCAGAGAAAUCCUUUUAAAGAAGGCAAAGGUGAAGGCAAAGAAGAAACCAAGGAGACGCUCUGACAGCUCAGGAGGCUAUACGCUCUCUGAUGUCAUUCAAAGUCCUCCUGUUGCAGUAGUGUCUCCUAUCCUGGUGAAGUCGGGAAAGGCCAACUCAACAGAGUCUCUACAGGAGGUCCUCACAUCUGACUCAGAGGGCAGCUACCUGGGAGCCAGCAGUCCCAGAGAUAUCCAGUCUCCUGUCUUCCAUGACAAAACUGAGGAUGAGCGAGCCUUCAGUCAGAGGCUGAAGACCCCACCCAGCACUCCAACUUCCCUGAGAACCAACCCUCCUGCUCUUUUCCCAACUCCCCCCAGCUCCAAUCCAAGAAACAUCCUCAAGUCUGCUUCAUGUCCUCAUCCACCUCCAGUCUUGGAUCUGAGAACCAUCAUGGACAUGGAGGCCAGCUCUCUGCAGACUCUUGGUGCAACUCCUAAAAGCCCUGGAAUGAUCAUCCCCAACAUCAAACCCUCGCCUGUUUCCUCCAAACUGUCCCAGAAGCAGAGGAAGAUGUUAGCCUUGGCCAAUAGAGAGACGGCUGUGGAAACGUCCCCAUCCAAAUCAGCUCCAAUAGUGACUCCGUCUAAAAGCAGCGAUAAGGCCUGGGCAACAGCGAUCCAGUCUCUUCCCUCUUCAUGUUCUUUUCGGGCUCUCAUAAAGGAGGAAGAAAGCCGUUUAACCAGAGCGGGUCAAGCAGGACCACAGAGGGUCCAGGGAUCCUCUGUCAACGUUGCACCUGCAGCCAGGAGGGUGACCUUCAAAAGCUGCGAGAGCGGCGAGCCAGAGAAGCCCAACGGACCCUGGGUGCUGGCCGCAGUGGGCAGCCCUCCUCUCUCCUCCCUGGUGACCUUCGCCUCCAUCGUGGAGGAGGAGAAGCAACAGGAAGCAGCGCUGAUCCGCAGCAGAGAGAAGCCGCUGGCGCUCAUCCAGAUUGAAGAGAGAGCCAUACAGGACCUGCUGCUCCACUACAAGGCACGGAACAACCCAGAUGAGCUGAUAGUGGUGGAGACAACAGCCAGAGGCCCCAUGGCAGCCCCAACCUGGCACAAACACUGAGACAGCCGUUAUCGACGUACCAUCAGAGGGAGGAGGUGGAAUCCACAUCCCGCUUUUAAAAUGUUCUUCUAAGAUUCUGGUGCGUCUUUUUGAAAUGCGAGAGAAUGGCUUCUUUGUAUGUCACAAAGUGCUCCUAAUAGGAACUUUCUGGAUACUAUUUGCUCUCAUAUUACUCAGCAAAACAAAAGGAAAACAAAUGUCCUUUAUUUCGCUUGUUUGUCUUGUUGAAGUUGCCAAAGAAUUGAAAUUAGUUGGAGAACUUUAAGCUGCAAUGCGGGUCCAAACUAAAUAAAGAGCUCGUGCAUGUGUCCGAAUAAGAAACCCAUGAGUGCCAAACUCGGGCCGGCAUAGCGUCAGCUCUAAUUACUGGGCUGCUUCAUACAGGAUCACCCAUCUGGUGUUCCUUUGAACUUAAUCUGCUAAUAAGGGUUUUAUAACAAUAAAAAGAAAAGCUCCAUGUUCCUCAGUAGGAUUAGAAUCCAACCCAAAAAAAAAGCAAGGAUAUGGAAGGUUAUGCUUGUUGACAUCAAAGCACAAAUUCCUCACCUUUAUCAGCAAUCAUUUAGAUGUUACUACAUUUAAUGGAUUUAUAAGGUGGACACGGUGGGAGUUGGUAGUUUAAUUCAUUAGAAUAAUAACAAUAAAAAAGAUUUUUCAGUGUUUGACCUGCUGAGCCAGUAGAUCUAGUCAGUUCUGAUCUCGUCCGGUUGAUCAUUACAAAUGUUUUUUUGUUGACAGAUUUCCUCAGCUGUUAUAUAACCGGCGACGUAGUGAUCACUAGGUCAGCAUCUUUAGAUGGUAAAUAGUGAAAAUGCAUCAUUUGAUGUGGUUACAGCAAACUUUGAGCCGAGGCUCAAGAUGGAAGGAAUAUUGUGAAGUUGGUUAUUAACACUGAUUUCACUUUUCUUCAGCUAAGUUCUGCUUUUUGGUUCCCUUUUGGCUCUUCCCCUGUAGCCAGUGUUAAGUGUUUUUUUUUACCUCAUCUUUAAACAGCAUAUUCUCAUUAUGACAUACCAGAUGUCUUUUUUUUGUUUUAUUUUUGUGUGUCUAUAAAUGAAAGAUGUGAAAACAAACUGGCAUGCAUAACAAUAAAGGAUCUCAUCUGUGCAAUAAA